AUGUUCCCCGCUAGGAAAAAAGGUCCAGAGAUAGCGGCUUAUGUUGUUCACAACUCGUUAAAAUGGCCGGCUUUCGGUUACUACCAAUUUCCCGUAGGUCUGGAACCGCCAGCGAAAGAUUUCCCAAUGCCAAAUGAUUGCACUGCUCCAUUAUUCGAGAAGCUGUCAAGUUGUAGGCACUUCGCAGGACAGAUGGGGUUGGAAGCAAAACGAGUUUUGACAAGGCAUCCAACAUGGCCGCCAAUUGCUCCUGAGAGGAUGGAUUGCCUGCAAGAGCCCAUCCACUGGCCGCUUGCUCCCUGGAGCCGAGUGACGGUAGCCAAGAAUGAAGAUCAUGAAAGGGAUGUGUAA